AUGUCUUCCUCCGAUACUGCAGCAGCUAAACAGGCAGCCGGACAGCUGCAAAAGGAUCAAGCAGAGCUCACUGGCUCCGACCACCUCAAGUCGGCCGGUCACACCGAGUUCCAGCAUGGCAAAGGAAUUGAGAACGCACAGGAGGGAACCGGCGCAUCAGGUUUUGGUCAGGUAGCAGGUGCCAAGGACGCCGUCAAGGAACAAGCCUCAGCUAACAAGGACGAGUGA